CUCCCAUUCGUCAUGACAUUACUGCCCGUCGCUCAAUUUCCCUGGACUGUCCGAGCGCGGGAGGGCCCCCAGGAACUUGAAAGGGCCAUUCGCUCUGCCUGCCGAGAAACAGGGCCCGUUUGGUUGUGGCGCCUCGGCUAAUUUGAAGCUUGUUUGACCACCACACGUAGGCGAGAUGGAGCUGGGGGCAACCGCCGCACUGGCCAGCCGUCUCAAGAUUGACAGCUCUCGAGCCCGACGUUGCGGACCCGUGGAGUCGCAUCCCAAGGAACCGAGGACUCAAAAAAAAAAAAAAAAGGGUACUGUCUUCUCGUGAUGUCUGCUACGUUCGAGAGGACGUGCGGAGCCGAACCCAUCAGGUAGGUAUGAUGGCCAGUGCCAGGGCCAUGGUAAUGUCCCUUCUACGCGCCGAGGCUGGGGAUUGUAAAUUGCAAGGUGCAAGGCUGGUCUUGGCAUUCUCCCUCAUUUUCUCGAAAUUUCCCACGGUCAGAGCGUGCCCGGAGGCCUCUCCCCCCACGGGCAGCAGCGCAUGCACGAUGCACAGGGUCGGGACUUUUCUUUCUUCUCUCUUUUGAUAUGGCAGUUUCCUUGCUCGCACCGGUGCUUCCUGAAGAUUUGCUCGUGAGUUUGGAAAAGUUGGCAGCGGGCGCAAGCGAUCGGCACGCGACGCGCCCUGCAACACCGCUGGCCUGGAUUUUUUUUGGCCUGCCAUCCUGCCUCUUUUGACAGCCAGCCAGCCUGGAUCGACGGGAUCGUCGUUCAAUAUUGGGAAACGGGCGGUGCAUCGUGGUUGCGCUCUAUUCCCGGCGACCGGUAGAGCAUUGGGUUUUACUCGACGGUAAAGUCCCUAUCAAAUAACCAAUUUUGGGAUUCCCCCGAUAUGCUACUAUUGCAAAACGAGACUGCUGUUCGUGUAGACGAGGGGAGAGCGAGAGUCGCCAAGUAUGUUCUGGAAGGCGUUAGUGAAGGUGGUGGUAGUCAGAAUGCCCAGAGUAUUUCAUCACUACCAGACGUCGAUACCCUCCAGCUACCCUUAUUACUUAAACUCAUGUCCCAAUAUGGACACAUGCUACUGGCGGCCGGCUAGGAGGGCGAGAUUAAAGCUAUAGGAAGAAGCAAGUUGCUUUGCGCAAUCGCUUGAAACGCUAGACGAUCAUCGUGUGGUUUACUGGAGUAUGUUUUUUUAGGGGUGGUAGAGGUAAUCCCCUGCCGCUACGCACAUCACGAGCGUUUAUCAGGCCACCACGAAGCCAAGAACGAGUAAUCAGGUAUCUACUUGCAUUCGGUAAGUCAAUCUAGCCCCGAAUUCACGCAUUUGUCUUGGGCUGGACGAGUGAUCCCGGUGCCCACAUCGGAACCGUCCCAUGCCCCUGACGAUCGCCCAAUGACAUCGAAGGUUGUUUAGACGCUGGCACUUGGGGUGAUUCAUGCGAACGCACGUCUUUGGUCUGAGCCACUUGCCAGUUCAUGUGCUCGCGAAGCCCUGCCCACCGCUUGAUUAUGCGCCAUACUGCCAUACUGUCCAGCCCAUGUUCACGACACUGUCACCAUUCGCAGAACGAAAAAAAAAAGAGACAAGAGAACCCUCUACAAACACACUAACUAGUCAGAGGAAACCGCCUCAAAGGCGUGUACAGCUUGCAUCUGUGGCGGCUGCACAUAUACCUAGACGCGCGCAUAAAUGACAAGCGCAUCCGCAACGGCGGCAGUUCGACCCAGUCAGGAACGGACGUCGCCUAACACCGUCCUUGCCCCUGAUCCGGUUCGAGAUCCCAGGUUGCGUGAAAUCGCCGGGCCCCUACGGACCUUUUUCGCCGGGCCCCCACAGCCUGUGCGCCAAUGGCAAACCGGCCUGGUGGGAAGCCGGGCCAGCCGAAGGGGGUACAUGACUUGUGGCCUCGCCUUGGGACUAUAGCCUUGGGUGGCGGGCUCGCUAAGCCUUGGGACCCCUGCGCAGAUCCGCCCUACGGAACCUUGCUCUGUGCCUCGUCCAAGGUCUAGAUGGUUCGCCGUGGCCAACGGCGAGCCGUUAUUAUGUUUCUAGAAACAAAAACUGGGCAUCGUGGCCCCGAAAUAGGAACUUGAAGGCGAUUCCGUGACGGCGCAGACCGGGGAGCCCUAGGGGGUCACCCAGGGGCAGCAUUGAGGGCUGGGCUGGAUCUGGUGGAGUUGGACGAUGGUUGCGUGACAGAUCCCCUGGAGAUCAGAGAUCAUGGCUUCGGACGGGGGAUACCGCAUGGACGUCGAAAUGGGCGGUGCAUCAUGACAUUGCAGAGCGCCUCUGCUCGCUUCUGCCGCUGCUGUGGAAGUGGUGUAUAUAACGGUCGAGAUCACCUCGACAAUCUUUCACUUUUUUUCCCUCCCUUCUCACCACCACCACAUUCUCCUUUCUUUUCCUCUUUCUACCUUUCCUUCAGUCCAUCUCCUUUGGUCUCUUUUUCCUACCGUCUUUUUCAUAGGUAUUCCUGAUUUUCUCUUAUCAGAUUCUCUUUCAUCAGUCACGAACGAAUUUCUACGCCUCAACCCAACCACACCUUCAACAUGUUUGUCAAGAACAUCCUCGUCUUUCUCCCCCUUAUCCUCUCCGGCGCGGUCGCCCUGCCCGCCCCGAAGACGGACGCCGUUUUCGGCCUCAGCACCCGGUCGCUCCCCGAUGUGCCCGUCGCUCGGGUUGUCCUCCCGAGGGCUGUCAAUUAUCCUGUUCCUAUGGUGAAGCCCAGGCACUCCACUGUCCCGGCCAAGGUUUCCCAGCUGGCCGCCAGGGAUGACGCCGCGGUCGAGGCCCUCACCCUGAGGAGCGAGCUCGAGACCCGCGGGCUCUUGGACGAACUGAAGAAGAUCCCCAAGACCAUCAAGAAGAUCCCCAAAACCAUCAAGAACAAGUUCAACCAGCUCAAGGACAAGCUCAAGGGCGGCAAAAAGGGCGCCGCCCCUGCCACCCCCGCUGAGCCUACCACCCCCGCUGAGCCUGCCACUCCU